GGAAGGCGGAGGCUGGAGGUCGCCAUGGCGCAGCAGCGGGUGCUGCCGCAGAGCAAGGAGACCCUGCUGCAGUCUUACAACAAACGCCUCAAGGAUGACGUCAAGUCCAUCAUGGACAACUUUACCGAAAUCAUCAAGACUGCCAAGAUUGAGGAUGAAACUCAAGUCUCUCGAGCAACCCAGGGUGAACAAGAUAACUAUGAGAUGCAUGUCAGAGCUGCAAACAUUGUCCGAGCUGGUGAGUCCUUGAUGAAACUUGUGUCUGACCUGAAGCAGUUCUUGAUCCUCAAUGAUUUCCCCUCUGUGAAUGAAGCCAUCAACCAGCGCAACCAGCAGCUGAGAAGCUUGCAGGAGGAAUGUGACAAGAAGUUGAUUGCACUACGGGAUGAGAUCUCCAUUGACCUGUACGAGCUAGAAGAAGAAUAUUACUCUUCCAGCUACAGUCUGUGUGACAGCAAUGAUCUUCCACUGUGCGAAGCCUACUGGAGACAAGACUUUGCCACGCUGUCCCCUGAAAGCCUCUCCAUGCCUCUGACAGCUGCCACAGCAGAGCAGAGCGUUGCUCCCUCGCAGAGCUCAACCCCAUCGCACCCUCAUGUGAACGGGCAUGGGGCAGGCCCCACGGAGCACUCCUGAAGAGGAUCCUCUGCUGCCGAACAUGUUCCUCCUGGUGGCACUGCACUGCUGGAAGUCUUCCACCUGCUGUACUGAACAAACGUCUCCCGCUGUCAGGAGAAGGCACUGGAGCUGUAUUUGCAGGUUUCUGCUCACUGGGUGGCCACGGUGCUUUCUCCAUCCCUGAGACAUUGCCAUGAGUGUUUCUCUCCCUUAAGAGAUAGUGGUAAUUAAAUACAAAGUUGAUAGUUCUAGCUAAUUAGAGUUAGGUUUGCUUUUACAUGAUAGUUACGUGUAGAGUUUAUUAGAAAUCUAGUCUGUUUCCAUGUGAAUCUCACCAAGUACACGCUGGAGUGUCGGGAGUUGACUUUGUUUGGGAUAAACUUGAGCCAAAUGUGGGGGCAAUGAGUGUUUGGGGGGUUUUACCUCCUUCCCAAGGUUACUGACGUUCUGCCUGCUUUAAAGCAAUCUCAGGAUGGCAUCUGACAACCUCCAUUCUACUAACUAGAGUAAGAAUCGUGUAGUACUUUUUACUACAUGUCUUUGCUGUCAGAGUGCUUCACAAACUUGAACUUCUUCCUCGCAGUCCUUCAGGAGGGGCUGCCAGGAGACCCUUACGGAACAGCAGUAUUCUGCCUUUUGAAGAGGAAGGGGCAAACUGAGGAAUCGGACUGAGGUAUUGAUGAUGCCACUUGCUCCAGGCUGCAGAUAGAAGCAGCCACAUGCUUUAGUUAGUCCGAUUCCUUUUCCAGUGUUUACACAGAAACUUAUCUAUUAACAGAGCCUGAGCUAACAUGAAGCCAGCAUUUAUGUUGGCCAAUAGUUUUGUCUAAUAAAUCUUGAGAUGACUGGGGUGCACGGAGCAGCGAGGGAUACUCGGUUAGUCUUGCGGUUUCCCUCCAAAGAAAUGCUUUUGGUGCUUUGUCUGCAGCUGUUCGGCAGCUCGGCACGUCUUCUGCCCUUUCCCUUUGCAGUUGUUCUGCGUCGGCUCGAAGCGUGCCGCUGAAGGGGGGUGUAGUUGAACAGGAAUAGACAUGGCAGCUCGGUGUCGGUACCGCAGAGCCACGGGUACAUUCCAAACAGCUGAGCCGAGCUUCCCCAGCAUUCUGCUGUAACGUCUUGUUCCUUAGCAUGUGAAUUUUGGUGUAAUUUUUUUUCUUCCAUUCCAUUUAUUUUUGUAAUUAGGUGAUUUAAUAAAACUAACUCUUUUGUA